CUGAAAUGAAACCCUCAACUCAGAUGUCUUUUUUUUGUUUUUGCUAAUAAUGUAUUAGAUAAUGUUUUGAUAUUGCUGACUGGACUUUCUUUGGAAUACUAACAUAUCAAUCUACUCCACACUGAUAUAUAUUCAGAAGUUAUCUACAAACCACGGUUUCCUGAUGACAUUCCAGCUGGUGAUGCAGUUCCUACAAGAAAUAUGAACUCAAUAUCUGCAUUGUUGAAUCCUUCUGUUGGCCUAUCCAUAUCCACAUUUUCACCACCAACACCCGGCAAUGAGACGCACUGUGACUAUCACCCAUCAGUAAAGACAUGGUUUACGGUUUUGCACUUUGCCAUCAUCAUCCUGGGCCUCCCCAGCAACGGCUUCGCAGCAUUUGUGUCCUACCAGCAUGUGCGACAGGGCAAUGAGUUGGGGGUGUACCUGUUGAACUUGGCUCUGACGGACAUUUGUUUCAUCUUGAUGUUACCCGUCUGGAUGGAAUACAACUUCGCCAGCAAGUGGAAACACGGGGACACGGCGUGUGUGGUGUCCGUUUUCUUCUUGUUCACCCAGUUCUACUACAGCGUGUGUCUGCUGUGUUGCAUUGCAGUUGACCGCUAUCUGGCUGUGGUCCACCCCUUGAGGUUUCCCGCCAUGCGGAAGAUGACCACAGCCGUGGGCAUGUGUAUACUGUCAUGGACCUUCACCGUGGUCUUCAAUGCCGCCACGCUGUCCAAAGAGACUGUGUACAGGUACGACCACGAAGCCAGCACCUGUCUGGACGUCUUCCCCAUGAAGCUGGAGUACGCCAGGCGCGUCAGCUACGCCCGCUUCCUCACCUGGUUCCUCCUGCCUUCGCUGCUGGUCGGCUUCUGCAGCUGGCAGAUCCGCAGGGAGGUGCAGUCGAACCGCGCCACGGAGAAACAGGAGCGCAACCGGGUGUGCCGGCUACUGCUGCUGGUGCAGCUCACUGUGGCCGUCUGCUUUGGGCCCCUGCACAUCAUGUUCCUGGUUAGAGCGCUGUGGGAGACCUGCCAGACCCUGCCGUGGAUAUCCUAUCCUUACAAGGCUGGCGCGGCUCUGGCCACCCUUAACUGUUUGGCCGAUCCGCUGUUGUACUGUUUCAUCACCAGGUCAGGGAAAGCCAACAUCAGGAAGGCCAUUGUGCUCUUACAGAGGAAGAACACAAACAGUAUGGACAGCGGUGCCUUGGAGCUAGAACUGAAUCGACAAUUUCAGAAACCUAAGUGACCUAAUAGCAGGGGUAUGUAAACUAAGUUACAGCUCAGCGCCAAAUGCAGCCCUCAGUAAAGUAAAAAAUGUACAAUGUUGAACUAACAUUGAACAUUAUUGUAUAUCCCUUGCACAGUAUGCUUUUAAACUGGUGCCAUGUGGUGCUGUGUUUGUUAAUAGCUUCAUCAAACAGUAUAGUUGUAGGAUAAGUCUUACAGCCUAGGGGUGGGCAAUAUAUCAAGAUGUAAGAUAUAUCGAGAAGGAGAAACAUCUCGAAAUAGAUUUUGGCAUAUCGAAUAAUUUAUCGAGAAAAGUGAUAAACUUUUAAAAUUCUGAGAUUGCCAGAAGCAAAUGAUAUUCCUCCGAGCUGCUCUUGCACCAGUGCACACUUCUGCUUUCCGUCUGUGACUCAGUUACCAUAGCAAUAAUAUGAAUGUGAGAUGAAAAUGCUCUGUUUCCGCUAUGCCGUUACCGGUACUUUGAUUUGGUAUUUUUCUGACUGCACAGCCGCAGCCCAGACAGUUUUGUCUCGAAGCAUAUAUAAAUCCCAGUUGUCUAAAAAUACGUUUUAUGUAAUUUUUGCCUCUUUUAGGGGGAAUUGCAAAUCUCAAGAUAUAUAUCGUAUAUGCAGAUAUAGACAAAAUAUAUCGAGAUAUUUUUUUCUACAUAUCGCCCAGCCCUAAUACAGCCUGUAUGUUUUUAUUUCGAAGUGCAGUGACUCUAACUGGAAACUGGUUAGAAAUGAGUACUCUUUAUUUUCCAUUGCCCCGCUGGAAGUCCAUUUUUUUCAAUAUGUGGCCCGCAUACAAAGAAAUAGUUUGCCUACCCUUGGUGUGUAAUCUGGUAGUUGAACAGUUGGUUAGAGAUCAGAGAGCCAGGCAAGGCAGCAGAUAAGUUCCUCUGGUCAACAUUUUAAAGCUACCUGAAUGUAUUUUGAUGGUUUGUGUUUGUUGUGUUUCUGUGCUUUGUACUGUCGUUGGGUUGGCCAGAUUGGUCUAUCCUAUACAUAAUAAUGUAAGCUAUUGUAACAUAAUAUUUGUAUUUUAUUUGUGAAACAAUGUAGUGGGCCUACGCUAUUAAAAACUAGGCAUUUAGUUUUGAAAGUCUCUUUCUGUGUGCUCCGCAGUUGACAGAGGGUGAAACCAGGAAAUAACACUGUCUGGCCAACUAUUAUUGGAGUUCCCCUUCAGGGUAAAAAACGCACUCUAGAUACUGGAGGAUUACAACCACACACAUACAACCUCACACUUAAUGUCUUUGGCAUUUCGUUUCUGGUCUCUAUUACACCCCAUCAGCUGCACGUUUAAGUCCUGGCUUGGCAUUGCAUGCCCAUGUCCAAUUAAUUCCCAUGUCUGCGACAGAAUAUAAAGUCUCCGUCUUUUCAUGACGAUCGAUUUCCUUGUUCAUUCUUCAGCAUGCAUGUAGCCUAAGUGUCAAAUGCUGACGGACAGCUGAGAUCCACAUAUUUCCAAUGAUAUAAAUGUCACGUAGCUGUAGGCUGCAGAGAAGCGGAGAAGCGCUUUGAAAAGUCAGCAAAUACAAUGUGUUUGUUACUGUGGGAAUUAAGAGGCAAUGAUCAGCAUUUUAAAUCAGUUUUUGAUUUACGGAAUUGUCUAGGCAACAUGCCGAACUCCAUUUUUUAACAAAACGUUUCAUCGUGUUUAUCAUUUCAAAUCAACCUGUUGCUCUGCUCCAAAACGCAGAGCUAAAGUUCCCGCGAAUGGGACACAUCGCGUUUCCAUCUCAUUAUCUCACCUCCACUACUCGCCUUGUGUUUGCUAAAAGGAGCGAAGGUUAGAUUUUGAAAAGCUUUUGCACGACAACUUUUGUCACAUAGUUUUAAAUUCAAAGUCAAAGUUCAGUUUUGGCUUUCAAUGGAUUGCCGAGGUUUUCACAUGGUUGAUCUGAAAAUCCAUGCUCCGUGGCAAAGACUCAUCCCUCCAUUUAGCAUAUAUCACGCCCAUGUUGGGCUACGCACUGUUUUUCGGAGUGUUGUUUUUCGAGGGGUGUGGUAAUAUUUCAGAGGGGAGAAUGCACGCAGGAUGGAAGCGUGUAAAAGGUGCGCUCGUAAAAACGACUUAAUUGGCGACGGGAGAAUUCCGCCUUUAGUGUAUUAGAAAUCAGCAUGCCUGUCUUAUGAACUAUUUAGACCGCUAGAUGGCGCAACUCAUAUACAACAGCCAACUGACACCAAGGAGACCCCAAUUAUGUUGUGCCAAAUAGUACUCUAAAGAAUGUUUUGUGUUGAUACAUUUCUUGAGACAUUUGAUUUCUUUUUUACAUACAGUGACAGUAAGAGGCUGUUUUUUGAAAGAAGCAAGUUAUGAUAGACUUAGCCCAGUAAUUUUGUAUUUUUUGUUUUGCAAUACUGUUACAUUAUGGUUAUGUGAUUAUAGUCAAACAUUGUACAACAUUGUAAAUAUGUAUAUUAUAUGUAUGUAUAUAUAUUAUGUAUAUAUCAAGUGGAAUUCUCUCUAAAAAAAAUCUGAUAAAAUCAAACAAAGUCUCUAUAUUGUUGCUGACUUUGACCA